AUGUCACAACAGUUUAUAAAUCUUAUAACAGAAGGUAUUUUGGUUUCUGACUUACAUUAUGGUGUGUUUGUACGAAAUUGGUGGGUUCAAAAAACUAUUAAAAAUAGUAAAAAUCAAAUUUUACCUAUUUCUUAUCGCCUAUAUAUGCGCGUUACCUGUAAACUUAAUAAUGAACUAUUUACUCUUUCCAUUGUUCAAAGUAUAACAAAUCCAUUACAACUAGGAUUUGUUUGUACAUGUAAAGAAAAGAGUACAGAAAUAAUGACAUCCACUUCUGCAGCAAAAAUACUUUAUAUCAAGAAAUAUUUGAACGAAAAACUGAAGCCUUUUUCAGUUGUAAUUACAAGUAUUGGUUAUUCAGAUAAUAAUGAACUUAAUGGCGCAGGGAGUGGAUUUUCUUCAUCAAUUAUAACUAGAUUUCAGGGAAAGCAGUCUAUUAUUUUACAACAAAUUAAAAAUAAUGUAUGCGUUCUUGAUAUUUAUCAAGAAUCAAAAAAAAUCAUUCAAUAUCAAGAUGAAACACCAAAUAAUGUAUGGAAAAAAUCUGGAAUUAAUAAAAAAUAUAAUGGAAAUGAUUUAUUUGGAAUUACACAUCCAAUUGUACAAUCUAUUUUACACCAAUCUCCCAUUAACCGUCAUAUAUGCAUGCCAAAUGAAUGGAAUAAUUCUGAUUAUCUCCAACAAGCAUUUGAUCGACAUAUAAAAUCAAGAAAAAUCACAACAUCAAUAUUAUUAGAUUGGAAAUCAUUAUUUGAUGAUUGGUUACUUCAAAAAAGUACAAUUAUUCAAAUUCCAAAAUCAUUACAAAAAAUUUAUCCAAAUAAUUAUCAAAUUUGUGAAAAAGAAUUACGUGCAUGGAAAGUUAUGCUCAAAUCCUGUGGAUGUUCUGAUGUUACUCCAUUUGAAAAAGAUGUAUCUGAUAUAGAAUUUUGGAGUAGGGCAAUAGAUCCAAGUGUUAUAGAUAAUAGUGAUUUAUUUUGGGAAAAUUUUCAGGUUGCAUUAAAAAAUAAUAAACGUGGAAUAGCUGGAAAAAUUCGAAUUUUAUCUAUAAUUGCUAAUAAAUUUUGUUAUAAAGAUCUUAGAGAAAAAUUACAAGUUGGUUCAACAAGCAUCAAUUCAGCAUGUAAACAUGCUAGACUUAAUGGUCCAGGUGCACCACCUAUUUCAAAACCUCAACGAACAGUUCAUUAUAUGUCUGAGAUUAAAGAAAAAGAAUUUGAACUUUUUUUUCAAGACAAAAGUAAUGUGUCUAUGAGUUCAUAUAAAGUAGAUGCUAAAACAAAUUUACCAAUAUUGUAUUUACAAGAUCAAAAACAAGCAUUGUGGUACAAAUUUGAAGAAUUAUAUCCUAAUGGUAUGAAAAAAACUUCUUUUAUGGCAAGGUUAACUAAUUGUAAUCAUAUAAAAUAUCAGGAAGAUUUAGGUGGAUUGUGUUCAAUUUGUAAUGAUUAUGGAUUUGAAGCAUUUCAAAAUUUAAUGGCAAUUGUUCGAAAUACUUUUAUGACAAAAUAA